AUGGGGCCUUGGGUGGGCUCAGUCUCUGGAGCUGGCUGCGGGGAACUCGAGUCCCGGAGUCCGGAGACCAAGGAGAGAAGGCAGGUGCUAAAGAAAUCCGCAGACCUCCAGCCCAAGGCCAGGUGGGUCCCCAAGCACAUCUGGACAGCUCUGCAGAAUGUCCUUGAGGAAGUAGCCCUGAGGUAUUAUGGCUGUGUUCUGGUCAUCCAUCAAAACUGAUGGAUUUUGGACCUGGCUAGUGAAAGUGGCAGAGAUUUGCUAUGUGCUUAAAUGAUUUAUGAGAAAGGGCAUGUUACUGGAAUUGACAUGAGAGAAGAUCAGGUAGAAGUGGCGAAAAAGUAUAUUGAAUAUCACUUGGAAAAAUAUGGCUUCCAGGCACCCAAGCAUGAUGGGAAGCUAUAUUUCAGUGACGUCUCUGCUAGCCUUGAAUUGCCAGAAGAAAGCAGGACACAGUUUUCUGGGGAUCACAUCACAGAGCCAUUCAAGCUUGCAGAAAAGUCUGACAAUGCAAAGUCCGAUUGGUCCCCUGGAGGCUGCUGAGGCACAAAGAAAAGCUCCUGCGAAGACGUUGUCUGGACGCUAAGGAAUGAGUUACGUAUGUCUUUUAACCUGCUCUUCCCAUAG